AGGAGUGGGGGUGCUGAUCUGCGCGUGCACGGUGCUUGGCCAAGCCGCCUGGGCUAGGAAGCGAGCGAGCGAGCCAGGGAAGAGGCGAAAGGCACCCGGCUUGUUGAGGCCGUAUGAUGGAAGAGACCCGCCGUUAGCCUCUCCGCGUUCUGAACGACCUUCUCGUGGGAAAGACGCCCUGCCUGGGUCCUCUCCCCUCGCUUUCCCCUCCCCGAGAGAGGAUGGCGAGGGCUCUUGCCGUGGCCGAGGCUGGAGCGACGGCCUGGAGGAGACCCCGCGCUGCGUGAGCGCCCGACAGCUGGGGUUCGUUCCUUCCAAGGGGAGAUGCGGUGAUUCGCCGCCGCUUCCACACAGGCCCAAAAGCAGAGGCAGCCUGGACGAUGGCAGGGGCGGAGGAAGAGUUUGGACUGGCGGCCACGCCCGGGGAUUCGUCUCCAAAACAGCUGAGUCCUGAAGACAAGGCAGAUGGGCAGUUGGGGGCCACCAGUAGCAAGCAGCCGGCCUCGCCCCAGCCGGCCUUCACCCAGCAGGGAAUGGAAGGAAUCAAAGUAUUUUUACAUGAACGAGAGCUAUGGCUCAAAUUUCACGACGUGGGAACCGAAAUGAUCAUAACCAAAGCUGGAAGACGAAUGUUCCCUAGCUACAAAGUGAAAGUCACCGGACUGAACCCCAAAACCAAGUACAUUCUUCUAAUGGACAUUGUGCCCUCCGAUGACCAUCGAUACAAAUUUGCAGAUAACAAAUGGUCGGUAACUGGGAAGGCUGAACCGUCCAUGCCCGGAAGAUUGUAUGUCCAUCCAGACUCACCGGCUACUGGGGCCCAUUGGAUGAGACAGCUGGUUUCCUUCCAAAAGCUCAAGUUGACCAAUAAUCAUCUCGACCCAUUUGGCCAUAUUAUCCUCAACUCCAUGCACAAGUACCAGCCCCGGCUGCAUAUUGUCAAAGCAGACGAAAACAACGGGUUUGGCUCCAAAAACACCGCCUUUUGCACCCAUGUCUUCCCAGAGACGGCCUUCAUUGCAGUGACCUCCUAUCAGAAUCACAAGAUUACCCAACUCAAGAUUGAAAACAAUCCCUUCGCAAAAGGAUUCAGAGGCAGCGACGAUAUGGAAUUACACCGAAUGUCUCGGGUGCAGAGCAAGGAGUAUCCGGUUGUCCCAAGAAGCACAAUCCGUCAAAAGGUGUCUUCUAGCCACAGUCCCUUCAGUGGUGAAGGCAGGUCUCUGUCGGCUUCUUCUAACCUUGGAUCCCAGUUUCAGUGCGAGAACGGUGUCUCUAGCACUUCCCAGGACUUACUACCCCCUGCGAACCCGUAUCCUAUAUCUCAGGAUCAUGGGCAGGUUUACCACUGCACCAAGAGACCAGAUGACGAAUGUUCCACCGCUGAUCUCCCUUACAAGAAGCCCUACAUGGAAACGUCUCCAGCAGAAGAAGAGGCCUUCUACCAUCGCCCCAACUAUCCCCAUCAGCAAGGGCUGAACAGCGCCUACAGGACUGAGUCCGCCCAACGCCAAGCCUGCAUGUACGCCAGUGCAGCCCCAGCCCCGGAAGCGGUGCCCAGCUUGGAAGACCUCAGCUGCAACACCUGGUCCGCCAUGUCCUCCUACAGCAGCUGCACAGUAACUCCCAUGCAACCCAUCGACCGGUUGCCUUACCAACAUUUUUCAGCUCACUUCACCUCGGGCUCCUUGAUGCCCCGCCUUGCCACCGUGGCCGGCCAUCCCUCGCCCCAACUCGGGGACACCCAUGCCAUGUUCCAGCAUCAGACCUCCGUCACUCACCAGCCCCUCGUCCGGCAACAAGCCAGCAUCCAGUCUCCUCCUGGAAAUUUACAGCCACCCGAGUUCCUCUACGCUCACGGGAUGCCCAGGACACUCUCACCCCAUCAGUAUCAUUCUGUCCACGGGGUGGGCAUGACCGCAGAAUGGAGUGAGAGCAGCUAACAAGGGAAGAGGGGAGCCUCGGUUGGACUCAACGUUCACUCUAGAAGCACUCUAGAGAUGGACCAGGCCCUCUUCUCUGGUGAGACCGUGGGGUGGGAUCGCCUCUACGUUGGUUGUCUCCAAAGCCACUGAACGCCAUAGCACAUCUUUGCCUCCCUUGCCUGUCAUCUCCUCACUCAGCCGCCCGGCUUUCGCAUUGGUACCAACCUGCCACCCCCCCAACUUCGAUGGUUUUCUUUUGAUUUUGCUCCCAAGGGAGAUGUCAAGAGCUCAGUGGCGCCUCUUGAUCUCGGGGUGAGAGGGGGGGGGAAAACAAUUAAGAAUAGG